AUGCGAUUCCAGCACGCCCAAGCGACAGUGAACCAGCACACGGAGAUCGUGACGGCAUGCUGCUGGACCCCCGAGAACGACGUGAUCACAUGCAGUGACGACAACACGAUCGUGCGGUGGCGCAUGGACGGCGAGGUGGUCGGGAAGGUGACGUCCGUGGAUACGUUCGUGACUAGCGUGGACUGGGUCCCGUCCGUGGGGAAGCAAAGCGCGGACAUGUUUGUGAUCGCGUGCACGGACGGUACCUUUCGCAUCAUGUCGAAGAAUGGCCGCGAAGAGAAAAAGGUGCAAGCAUCGGAUGCCGGCGCGAUCAUUUCGCUCAAGUGGAACUACGACGGCACGGCGCUUGUGACCGCGGGCGAAGACGGAUCUGUCAAGGUGUACUCGCGUAGUGGCAACCUUCGAUCGACGUUGGCCAACACUGGAACCGCCGUGUAUGCUGUAUGCUGGGGGCCCGACAACGAUCAAAUUCUCUUUACCAACAGCAAGAACCUCGUUAUCAAGACCAUUCAAGUUGGCCGCAAGGACAUCCAGUGGAAAGCGCACGACGGCCCCAUCCUGUGCAUUGACUGGAAUCCGAUCAACAAUCGCGUGAUUUCUGGCGGCGAAGACCGCGUGUUCCGCGUGUGGGAUGGAUUUGGGCGGCAGUUGUACCAGAGUCCCGUGUGUGAGCACGUGAUCACGAGCAUCGCGUGGAGUCCCAAGGGUGACAUGUUUGCCGUCGGCGCAUUCAACAUGCUCCGUCUCUGUGACAAAACUGGGUGGUCAUACUGCCGCGAACGACCCAAAGCGGGGUCGCUCAUGGACAUUGCGUGGGCGUCGGAUGGCACGCAGCUCGUGGCGGCCGGCGGCAACGGGUCGACCUUGUUUGCGCAAGUCGUGGACCGCCAUUUGCAGUGGAACAAGAUUGAAGUGACGCUGAAAGACCCCCGGAAAAUCCACGUCCACGACGUGCUCAAUGAAACCGUCGAAGAACUCGACUUUGUCCGAGAUCGGGUGAUUGAAAUGUCCCUCGGGUAUGGCUUUCUCAUCGUGUGCACGGCCACGCAAUGCUUUAUCUACAACUUUCAAAACUGGAACACGCCGCACAUUUUCGACUUGCGCGCAGCCGUCAACUUUAUCCUGCAAAGCGAAUGCCACUUUCUCACAGUCGACAACUUUCACGGCAUCCAAGUGUACUCGUACGAAGGCCGAGCGAUUUCCAACCCCAAGUUCAACGGCAUGCACGUCGAGUUCCUGCAUCGGCACACCGUCUCCCUCAGCAUCGACACCGUGUCCAUCCUCGAUCACUCGGACCGCAAGACCAUCCGAUCCUUCGACAUCAACACGGGCAAGGCGCUGCCAAUCACGUUCACGCACUCGCUGGACGUGGUCGAGCUCGCCCUGUCCCACUACGGCCCCAGCACGGACCGCAAGCUGCUCUUCAUCGACAACAACCGCGACUUGCAUCUCACGCGGCUGUCCCACAAGGGGUCGUUCAAACUGCAAGCCCAAGUGGACUCUGCCGCAUGGAACGACUCGUCCGAGAUGCUCGUGGCUCUCUCCGAUGCCAAGGUGCUGUGCUGGACGUACCCCAAUAUGGUGUACGUGGACCGGACGCUCCUUCCAGACGUGAUCGAGUCCAAGGACGGAGCGGACUUUCAAAAGCUCGCGAGCAUCACGUCGUUUGUGGGGCCGCGGUUCACCGUGCGCCGGACGGACGGUGCCCUCCUCGCGGGCGCCGUGUCUCCGUACCCGACCGUCUUGUACGAGUUUACAAGCGCCAACGACUGGGACAAGGCCGUGCGCCUCUGCCGCUUCGUCAAGACCAAGGGCCUCUGGACGUGCUUGGCGGGCAUGGCGCUGCACAAGCGGCACCUUGACACGGCCGAAGUCGCGCUCGCGGCCGUCGAGUCAGUCGACAAAUUGCACUUUGUCCUGUACGUCAAGAACCUUGUGAGCGAGGAGCGGCGGAUGGCCGAGCUGGCGCUGUACGCUGGCGGCGCCGUCGACGAAGCCGAGGCGAUUCUACUGCAGGCGCACCCGACGCCGUUGGUGUAUCGAGCUAUCAAGAUGAACAUCCGUCUGUUUCGAUGGGACCGCGCGUUGGACCUGGCCAUCAAGUACACGACCGCGGGCGGUACGCAUGUGGACACGGUGUUGGCAUAUCGCCAGCGCUUCUUGGCGGCCAACAAGCUCGACGAAACAGACAAGAAGUUUUUGCAAUACAUGCAGCAAUUCCCUGUGGACUGGGACAAAAUCUCGGCGAAAAAGGUCGCCGAGCGCGAAAAAGAAGUGGCCGGCGGCCGGCGAAAGUAG